AUGGGAAACAGGUCCAAAAUUUUAAUCGCUCUGGGGAAUGAAAUAAAAAGGGGAGUUGCAUCCCAUCAGUGCAAAGGAGAUGUCCCCAGAAUGUACGUAAAUUACCUACGCCAAAGGUACAACAUGGACGAAUGGCACCACGCCAGUAACGUUAAUUCUUUCAUUUGUGAGAAGAACAACAUUAUUUUAAUCAAACCAGUAACUUCCUUGGAAAAGAACAGUGGACUGGUAAUAAAAAAUAUUUUAAAUUAUUUAAAUUGUGAAGAUUUAAAAAAUGUGUGCAUAAUUUUACCUGACUUGUACAGGUCAAUUGGCAAAUUUAAAUACAAAAACUACACCAAAAUUUAUGAAAAACUGGGGCCAGAUUUUUACAACAUCUUAAAUUCAAACAUAAUUAACAACGUCUUAAAUAACAACUUUCUGCAGCUGUGUAUUGGUGUGAGUAAUUAUCCAAACGAAGUAAAAAAUGGCGUUGCAAGCACCUUGCAGGAAUGCCUGAACGAUGGUGAGCUGAAAAAAAUUUUUAAAACUUUUCAGCUAGCUGACGAAUAUUUUAAUAAAAAAGUUAUGAACAGCAAGGUGAUAACAACCAAUUAUAUUCACCUUAAGGAAAAGUAUCCUGCGAUGGAACCUCAGAAGAGCUUCAGGAGGAGUACGGCCAGUCGUAGGUACAUCUUGGAUGUUUAUCGCCACAUGUACAAGUAG